AUGGUCGCCAACUGUGCCAAGCGCGAUCUCCUCGGCCUCACCGCAGAGUUCGAUGUGCGGACAGGCUACUUGCUGGUGGAGGAGGAGGGAGAGCUUGGGAAGCAGCACCGGGGAGCCUACGACACGUACACCAACACGCUCAUCCAUCACCUCGGUCGCGACGAGGUUCACGUCCUCACGCGCAACCAGCCUCGAGCGGCAGUGCGAGGAGGAGGUGUCGGACAGGACAUGAUCUUCGCCCCGAGGAGAGGGGACCGAGUUGUCUCCUGCAACUACCGGGAGCUUGUACCUCCUGCCAACUGGCUGGAAGUGGAUCCUCCCGGAGGAACGCAGGCAUGGAACGUGGAGGGAAGGAGGCUGCUGUGGAAGGAGAGGGUGGAGGGAGCAUGGCGUGAGGCCUUGCGGGAGAUUGACGAGGUGAACCCAACGCUGCUGGAGCUCGAGCGAGGGGUGGGAGGGUGGCUCAGCGUCACCUACGAGCCCUACAGCCUCUGCCUCGCCUGGAAAGAUGCGGCGCAGGAGGAGGAGAAGGUGAGCCCGCAAGGACGCGACAGCUUCCUCCCCAGCAGCCUCGGCAUGGCCAUCGACUCGCGCGACUGGGGGAUCGUGUGCGUGUUGCCUGGGAGCGCCAGCGAGGAGGCGGGGCUGACGGCAGGAAGCAUCAUCCUCAAGAUCAACGGCGAGAGCACGAGCAGCUUCCGAGCAUGGAGCCUGGCGUCCGUGUUCAAGUCCAUCCAGCAUGGCUCCCUGCCCGACAUGAGCGGGGACGCGCUCUUGGCAGGGGAUCAUUGUAUGUCUCUGACCGUCCUCCAACACCCUCGAGACCCGGUCUCCUCUGCCAGGAGGUGUGCGGAGGAGGAAGAGGUGCAAAGGCCUGGAGCCUCGCAGCAGCCGCAGGAGGGGGACGAGAACCCAGCGCUGAGUGAUUGCAUGCCCGACGGACAUGCAGGCAUCGCGCACGAGGAAGAAAGCUUAGCUCUUCCGGAUCCUGCAGCUCCAGCUCCAGCUCCAGCUCCUCAGUCCAAGAGAUUGGGUUCUUCUCACCAGGACGAGAUCCAUGGGGGAGGUGUGGGCACACGGGCGAGGCGAGGAAGAGCGAGGAGGAGGGCAGGGAGAGCGGAGGCACCAGAGCGAAGGGGAGGGGACGAGGGAGGGCGGGGAGGGAAGAAGAGCACGUUGAGGAGGAAGAAGAGCGCUAAGAGGAUGGUUGUGAACUUGGAUGGCUCCAUGGCACCUCCAGGCAGCGGAGGCAGCACGAACGCCUCCCUCGCCUCCCUCCUCGCCUCUCUCAAGGAUCGCAACGAGGCUCCACCUGCAGACUAUGAGAGCAACACCAUAGCAGGGAGAGAGAGGAGGAUGGAUUUGGCGAGGACGGAGGAGGAGGAGGAGAGGAGCUGGAGUUCUCAUGCACCGGAGGGCGAGCAUGGCAAGAAGGAUUCAGGCUGGAGGAAGAUGCCUUCUUGCGUUACAUGGACGCCGAUGAUGAAGAAUGCUCUUCCUGCUCCUCCUGCUCCUGCUCAUGAGGAAAUCACAAGUCUGCGGGUCAGGAUCGGAGAGCUGUCGGAGCGAUGCGAGCUGCUGGACGAACGAGUUCGCGAAGAGGCGAUGCUGAAGGAGGAAGCAUAUGAACGUCUGCAGGAGUUGAGGUCUGCGCUGACGAUGGCGGAGUUACAAGCGGAGGAGAAGAGCAACGAGAGGAGAGCGAUGGAGGAGCGGCUCAUGUACGUGACAGAAAAUGGCGACGAGCAG